GAAAAGAAAGAUUAGAUAAUUUACAAGUCAAACAAAAAGCAAAGAAAGUUGAGAGGUUUUGGAGACUAGUGAUAUUUUAUUUUUUUGGUGAUAGUGGAGCUAGAAAAUCUAAUCUUGUGCAAAAGUUAUUUCGUUCAGAAUUUUAUUUGAGAAAAAGAUGCAAAAGGGUGGAAUAUACAGCAGUUAGAUGGGAUGAUAUUGUAAUUUAUUUGAAUGAUACUCUUGCAGAAGUUGAGGUUAAACGUAAAGGAUUUAAACCUUUUCUUACAAAAUAUAUAUUUAUGACCUCACAAAGAUCUCCAGAAGAAUCAUUUAAUUUUGGUCAACGUAACAGAAGUAAGGAUGAGUUUGACAGGAGACUUGAUUUUAUCAUUGAAUUUAAAGAAAAAUGGAAUGAUGAUAUUGAUUUACGUACAACAGAAUUAAUAUUUCAUAGAGGUUCAGAAGAGGAGUUUAGAAACAUGAUUUGGGAUUUAAAAUAUGAUAAAGGAGAAUACAUGAAAGAGGAAUUAACAGAGGUUGUCAGAGAUUUGAACAAGGAUGAAGAUAGAGAAAUUAUAAUUAAGAAUAAUCAA